AAAAAAAAAAAAACUAGAAACUGGAGUGGACCCAGAAAUCAAGAGAUAUCUUCGGGUCAGGCUUGAAUUAGAAAGUAAAUAUUUAAUCACUCUUACCAAAAUUCAUCAGGGCUUCAAUGUACAGGAUAUGUGCUAAACAAAGGAAGAAAACGAUCUUCAGGGAGUUUGAUGAUGAGUCCGUGUUAAGAACUUUGACAUGUAUAUAAUUAUUUAGAAGUAAUAACAUAGACAGCAAGAGCACUGGAAGGCCACAUAUAACCUCCAAACCAUCAUUUAUUGAAGGGUUCCAGCUUUCUGUGAGGGUGAUUUUGGACAGUAAAAUUGACCCAACUUGAGGGUUUUUUUUUUUUUUUUUUCAAUUUAGGAAAAUUUAUUAAACAGGUAAUAUCUUUAACAUCAUGCUAGGUCUGUUUGAGAAUAUAAAGUAAUUUUAAGAUAUAGUGCCUCUCUUUAAGGGACUUAUGCUACCUGCAGGGAAGUGCAUUAUAUGUAUAUGUGACACUGUGAAGAUAACAAGUAUAAUAUCAAAUAAUACAAAAUAUGAAUGCUGUGUGGUCACUUCAUAUAUAUAUACGUUAUAUAUAUACACACAUACACAUAUAUAUGUAUAUACACAUACACAUAUAUAUAUAUGUAUAUGCACACACACACAUACCUUAAAGAGUACUUGACAGAUUGACAGAAUCAGAGAAAUUGGAUUGAUGUUUAGGCUGCAAUUUACCAGCUGUGUGACCCUCAUCUCUUCAAGCCAAAGUUUUCCCAUUUAUAAACUGGGUGUAGCUUCAUCUAUCUCACAGGACUAUUGGAAGGAUCAAAUGAAACAGAGCAUUUAAACAGAGACUGCACAAAUUAUGGGAGGGAAGGAGGAAAUACGUAACACUUGUGGAACUGCACUUGAGGGUAGAGACCAUGUCUUAACUGACUUUGUGCCACCAGUGUCUGGCACCGUGACUGGCUCUGAGAGGAGGCUCAGUAAAUGUUUGUAAAUGCAUGCAUGCCAGGCGCUGUGAUAAGCCCUUGACAUGUGUUAUUGUUUAAAACUUCACAAAAAAAUUGUGUGUGGUAGAUAUAGUGCCUCCAUUUCACAGAUGAGAAAACAGAAGUUCAGAGAUUUUUAAGCAACCUCCAACCUCAUGUAGGUAGAAAGUGGUAGAGAUAGGAAGUUAGAUCUACUUGGCACCAGAGCCCAGAGUCUAUUCAUUACAUUAUGUGGACUCUCAGAUGUAAGAGAAUUAUCAUUAUUCCUGAACAAUAGUGUGGCCAGAAUGAAAAACAAAGACCUUGGAUAAUUCACCAGUUGCCCAGGCAGCUCCUGGGCUGGCUUUCAGAUAAGUAGGGGAACAUUCUCCUGAGCUGCCUGACACAUUUAACGUGGCCUUUUGUUAAACUGUCAGUUCUGAUUUCUGCCCUUUGAAGUAAAAAGCACAAUAGUGAAAAAUACCAUAUAAUAUACCAUAACCUGGACUUGUCUUAGAGACAGAAGAGAAAGGAAGGGCAGUGAGGAACUCACAGUUAAUGAAGUGGUUAACCAAUGACUUGAAUUAAGUUUGUUACUGACACUAGCAGCCGCCCCUACCUUCUGUCUCUGUCUCUCUCUUUCUGGCUCUUACUCUGUCUUAACUUUCACUACUAGAGUUGGUAAGGUCUAGAAUUUUCACUCUCUUCCAUGUUAAGGAUGAUAAUAAAGAAGGUGAUUCCACUGCUGAACAGUGGAAUAUUUCAUGUUCUUCAUUGCUUGUCUGUUCCUAACAUCCCUAUAGCUCAUUACAAUAGUUGGUUCUGUUGGAGUGAAGUUUUGCAGCCAUCCCCAGUUUCUAAUGAACAAUACUAAAAUGGCCCCUGACGACAUGGUAAUGUUAAAACUCCAGCCUCUGCAUUGGGAGACAGAAUGCAGAAGUUGAUACCAGACUACCCGAUCUUACAUUAUUUUGUCCUCAGUUUAUUUCUGAGGAACAACAGAAGAACCUUACAUACAAAGGUUUCCAUAAGAAGCAGAGGGAAAUACAUUUUUAAAAAUCCUGAUUCAUUUUAAAGCUUCUGUUAAAAUAUAGUACAGUGUAGGUCAGGACAGCAGAGACAGGAACUACGUAGAAGUCCCGAGAAUACCUUACACUGUUGUCAGAAUCCAACCAGUAACAGUGUGUGGUUUCCCAGGGACUGCGCUAACAUACCUGAGAUGGAACCUGGUGGGGAGACACUUUCCACAUUCCUUUCUGACCUGUGGUGAGUCUGCUGGGGUGAAUCGUGUGAAGUUGUCAAAGGUUGCUCUGCUCUCCAGCACUUGGCACCAGCUCCGCUGAAAUGUGAUGCCAUUGGUUUUCAGUAAAGGUUCCUUUCUGCAGGGCUGCAAACACAGAUCAGCUGCUACUGUGUAUACACAACCGGGGAGCAAAUCAACCAGCACAUUUAGAGCAGCCUUUUUAACCCUGAGACUUUCCAAGAUCUCCUCUUCACACAGGAAGUUUCCUUCUCUGUUGUCAGAUUUAGCACUGUGCUCUUGUCAUCAGAUCCGAGCUAGGCUCCCUGCUGCACAGUAGAGAGGCUUCCUUAAGACAUUUGUCCUUGAAACUGCACCAAACUCUUGGAAGAACCCAGAACGUGUAAGUAUGUAUGAUUUAGGCAGCAAUAGUACAGGGCAAAGCUGCAAUCAACCAUUAUACAAUAUCCGAUUAGCAGUGCAGGAGGGAUUUUUCCGACGUUAUGUUACAUUCAUUUUCAAUUCGUUCUGAGGAAACAAAUCAAUUCUAGCUUCUGAUACAGUGACUUUGCAGUAGAUGGGGUUGUAAUAUGUUAGCUUUAACUAUUUGCUGUUCUCAUUUAGCAUUUAGAUGUGACUUGUGGGACAAUUACUGUGGGCAUUAAACUAUAAAACUUCUACAUUUUUAUUAGGAUUUGUAAUUGUUGGUCAUGUCCAUCUUGAGAAACAAGUUAGCUUUGGGGAAUGUUUUUAAAGAAUUAACCACAUAAAUUCAUGGACAAUAGAAUGAAUUUGUACUGUUCUUGCUCUCAAAACAUAAUAGUUUGCAGUUUUAAUUUACUCGUAAAGAGCAUUCCACUGAGGUUUUGUCUUAAUUGAAUCCUACCCAGUGCUGUCUGUUUGGUGUUUUACUGUCUUGUAUAUAACUGUUUAAGUUACUUUGCUAGGAUUGCAGUCUGGUUAAACCUGUAUUUAGCCACUACUUAGAUUCUAAGAACAUUCAGGUCAGAUAAAUGCUCACAGAAUUUUAGAAAGUGGUGGAUUUGUUUUCAAGGGUGGUCGUAUUACCCUUGAAAGCUUUUUAGAUGCACAACGUGAAUGGCUGUCAGAUGGAGACCACAGACAGAACACUCUGAGGCUCUAAGUCAAAUCUCGGCUUGUCCACUUUUGUAACUCCAAUUAACUCCAACCAAUAAAAGCCCGUGCCCCCUUUCUAUCAAUUUUUAAUAUGCAACAAUACUUCUGUUUGUAAGAUUAAUUUCUCUCAGAUUAGUCUGAUUGAUAGCUGGAUUGUGGUUUCUUAAGAGCUUGCUCCCUGAAACCCACAGCAGAGCUGCAUUCCAUUUAACUAGUGAAUGUAAAAACGGGUAACCAUGGAUUCAGCCACCACUAACUGCCAGUGCAAUGACUUGUUGUAAACAAUACAAAUGAGCCAGGAGAGCAGAGGCAACCAGACAUGAAAUGAUUUUAAUAGAAAUUACGGUAAAAGGUCAUGUGAUUUGGUAUCAGCUUCUGUUCAGUUUUAAAGGGAAAGUCUUUCUUUUCUGCCCCUUCUUCCCCCCUUACCUAUUUCCAACCAACCCAAGUAGGUAUCUCCACAAACUUGGCAGGUCCCACUCUGUGCUUCCAUGGAGAAGGGCGGCCAAUGUGAUUCUGGGCAAAGUGUGGUGACUUGUGGAUUUUCACUGAGCUGACAAUUUACUGGUUCAUCAAUGAAACAAUAUUAAAUUAUGAAGAUGUAAGGAAAAAAUCCUACGCUAACACUGUCGCAGUUUGAAAGGCUUCUCUGCAGAAUGUCAAACAAAGAUCGACACAUUGAUUCCAGCUGUUCGUCCUUCAUCAAGACGGAACCUUCCAGCCCGGCCUCCCUGACGGACAGCGUCAACCACCACAGCCCUGGUGGCUCAUCAGACGCCAGUGGGAGCUACAGUUCAACCAUGAAUGGCCAUCAGAACGGACUUGACUCGCCACCUCUCUACCCUUCUGCUCCUAUCCUGGGAGGUAGUGGUCCUGUCAGGAAACUGUAUGAUGACUGCUCCAGCACCAUUGUUGAAGAUCCCCAGACCAAGUGUGAAUACAUGCUCAACUCGAUGCCCAAGAGACUGUGUUUAGUGUGUGGUGACAUCGCUUCUGGGUACCACUAUGGGGUAGCAUCAUGUGAAGCCUGCAAGGCGUUCUUCAAGAGGACAAUUCAAGGCAAUAUAGAAUACAGCUGCCCUGCCACGAAUGAAUGUGAAAUCACAAAGCGCAGACGUAAAUCCUGCCAGGCUUGCCGCUUCAUGAAGUGUUUAAAAGUGGGCAUGCUGAAAGAAGGGGUGCGUCUUGACAGAGUACGUGGAGGUCGGCAGAAGUACAAGCGCAGAAUAGAUGCGGAGAACAGCCCAUACCUGAACCCUCAGCUGGUUCAGCCAGCCAAAAAGCCAUAUAACAAGAUUGUCUCACAUUUGUUGGUGGCUGAACCGGAGAAGAUCUAUGCCAUGCCUGACCCUACUGUCCCCGACAGUGACAUCAAAGCCCUCACUACACUGUGUGACUUGGCCGACCGAGAGUUGGUGGUUAUCAUUGGAUGGGCGAAGCAUAUUCCAGGCUUCUCCACGCUGUCCCUGGCGGACCAGAUGAGCCUUCUGCAGAGUGCUUGGAUGGAAAUUUUGAUCCUUGGUGUCGUAUACCGGUCUCUUUCGUUUGAGGACGAACUUGUCUAUGCAGACGAUUAUAUAAUGGACGAAGACCAGUCCAAAUUAGCAGGCCUUCUUGAUCUAAAUAAUGCUAUCCUGCAGCUGGUAAAGAAAUACAAGAGCAUGAAGCUGGAGAAAGAAGAAUUUGUCACCCUCAAAGCUAUAGCUCUUGCUAAUUCAGACUCCAUGCACAUAGAAGAUGUUGAAGCCGUUCAGAAGCUUCAGGAUGUCUUACAUGAGGCGCUGCAGGAUUAUGAAGCUGGCCAGCACAUGGAAGACCCUCGUCGAGCUGGCAAGAUGCUGAUGACACUGCCACUCCUGAGGCAGACCUCUACCAAGGCGGUGCAGCAUUUCUACAACAUCAAACUAGAAGGCAAAGUCCCCAUGCACAAACUUUUUUUGGAAAUGCUGGAGGCCAAGGUCUGACUAAAAGCUCCCUGGGCCUUCCCAUCCUUCAUGCUGAAAAAGGGAAAAUAAACCCAAGAGUGACGUCAAAGAAACUUAGAGUUUAGUUAACAACAUCAAAAAUCAACAGACUGCACUGACAAUUUAGCAGCAAGACUAUGAAGCAGCUUUCAGAUUCCUCCAUAGCUUCCUGAUGAGUUUCUUUCUACUUUCUCCAUCAUCUUCUUUCCUCUUCCUUCCCACAUUUCUCUUCCUCUUUAUUUUUUCUCCCUUUCUUCUUCCCUCCUCCCUUAUUUCUUUGUUUCUUUCAUUCCUAAUUCCCAUUCUCCUUUAUUUUCUUCCCAUCUGCCUGCCUGCCUUCUUUCUUUUCUUUGCUACUCUCGUUCCUCUCUUUACUCAUCUUCCUCCUGUUUUCUAAAUUUUAAAUAGCUUUAGUUGUUAAAAAAAAAAAAAAAUCCUUCCGUCCCCCUUUCCUUUUUCUUUCUUCCCUUUUUUCCUUUUUCCCUUUCCCCUUUCCCCUUUCCCCUUUCCUUUCCUUCUGAUCUUCUUUCCAUCUUUCUUUUUCUUCCUUCUGCUGCUGAACUUUUAAAAGAGGUCUCUAACUGAAAAGAGAUGGAAGCCAGCCCUGCCAAAGGAUGGAGAUCCAUAAUAUGGAUGCCAGUGAACUUAUUGUGAACCAUACCGUCCCCAGUGACUAAGGAAUCAAAGAGAGAGAACCAACGUACCUAAAAGUACAGUGCAACAUAUACGAAUUGACUGAGUGCAGUAUUAGAUUUCAUGGGAGCAGCCUCUAAUUAGACAACUUAAGCAACGUUGCAUCGGCUGCUUCUUAUCAUUGCUUUUCCAUCUAGAUCAGUUACAGCCAUUUGAUUCCUUAAUUGUUUUUUCAAGUCUUCCAGGUAUUUGUUAGUUUAGCUACUAUGUAACUUUUUCAGGGAAUAGUUUAAGCUUUAUUCAUUCAUGCAAUACUAAAGAGAAAUAAGAAUACUGCAAUUUUGUGCUGGCUUUGAACAAUUAUGAACAAUAAUGAAGGACAAAUGAAUCCUGAAGGAAGAUUUUUAAAAAUGUUUUGUUUCUUCUUACAAAUGGAGAUUUUUUUGUACCAGCUUUACCACUUUUCAGCCAUUUAUUAAUAUGGGAAUUUAACUUACUCAAGCAAUAGUUGAAGGGAAGGUGCAUAUUAUCACGGAUGCAAUUUAUGUUGUGUGCCAGUCUGGUCCCAAACAUCAGUUUCUUAACAUGAGCUCCAGUUUACCUAAAUGUUCACUGACACAAAGGAUUAGAUUACACCUACAGUGACUCUGAGUAGUCACACAUAUAAGCACUGCACAUGAGAUAUAGAUCCGUAGAAUUAUCAGGAGUGCACCUCUCUACUUGGGAGGUACAGUUGCCAUAUGAUUUCUAGCUGCCACGGUGGUUAGGAAUGUGAUACUGCCUGUUUGCAAAGUUACAGACCUUGUCUCAGAAGGAGCUGUGAGCCAGUAUUCAUUUAAGAGGCAAUAAGGCAAAUGCCAGAAUUAAAAAAAAAAAAAAAAAAAUCAUCAAAGACAGAAAACGCCUGAGCAAAUUCUAAAACCUAAUCCAUAUAAGUUUAUUCAUUUAGGAAUGUUCGUUUAAAUUAAUCUGCAGUUUUUACCAAGAGCUAAGCCAAUAUAUGUGCUUUUCAACCAGUAUUGUCACAGCAUGAAAGUCAGUCAGGUUCCAGACUGUUAAGAGGUGUAAUCUAAUGAAGAAAUCAAUUAGAUGCCCCAAAAUCUACAGUCGCUGAAUAACCAAUAAACAGUAACCUCCAUCAAAUGCUAUACCAAUGGACCAGUGUUAGUAGCUGCUCCCUGUACUAUGUGAACAGUCUUAUUCUAUGUACACAGAUGUAAUUAAAAUUGUAAUCCUAACAAACAAAAGAAAUGUAGUUCAGCUUUUCAAUGUUUCAUGUUUGCUGUGCUUUUCUGAAUUUUAUGUUGCAUUCAAAGACUGUUGUCUUGUUCUUGUGGUGUUUGGAUUCUUGUGGUGUGUGCUUUUAGACACAGGGUAGAAUUAGAGACAAUAUUGGAUGUACAAUUCCUCAGGAGACUACAGUAGUAUAUUCUAUUCCUUACCAGUAAUAAGGUUCUUCCUAAUAAUUAAUUAAGAGAUUGAAACUCCAAACAAGUAUUCAUUAUGAACAGAUACACAUCAAAAUCAUAAUAAUAUUUUCAAAACAAGGAAUAAUUUCUCUAAUGGUUUAUUAUAGAAUACCAAUGUAUAGCUUAGAAAUAAAACUUUGAAUAUUUCAAGAAUAUAGAUAAGUCUAAUUUUUAAAUGCUGUAUAUAUGGCUUUUGCUCAAUCAUCUCUCAGAUGUUGUUAUUAACUCGCUCUGUGUUGUUGCAAAACUUUUUGGUGCAGAUUCGUUUCCAAAACUAUUGCUACUUUGUGUGCUUUAAACAAAAUACCUUGGGUUGAUGAAACAUCAACCCAGUGCUAGGAAUACUGUGUAUCUAUCAUUAGCUAUAUGGGACUAUAUUGUAGAUUGUGGUUUCUCAGUAGAGAAGUGACUGUAGUGUGAUUCUAGAUAAAUCAUCAUUAGCAAUUCAUUCAGAUGGUCAAUAACUUGAAAUUUAUAGCUGUGAUAGGAGUUCAGAAAUUGGCACAUCCCUUUAAAAAUAACAACAGAAAAUACAACUCCUGGGAAAAAAAGGUGCUGAUUCUAUAAGAUUAUUUAUAUAUGUAAGUGUUUAAAAAGAUUAUUUUCCAGAAAGUUUGUGCAGGGUUUAAGUUGCUACUAUUCAACUACACUAUAUAUAAAUAAAAUAUAUACAGUAUAUACAUUGUUUUCACUGUAUCACAUUGAAGUACUUGGGCUUCAGAAGUAAGAGCCAACCAACUGAAAACCUGAGAUGGAGAUAUGUUCAAAGAACGAGAUACAAUUUUGUAGUUUUCAGUUUAACUCUCAGCAUUUCAAAAGAGUAAGUAUCUCACAAAUAGGAAAUACAACUAAAACGUAGAUUUAAAAAGAACUGCACGGGCUUUAGGGUAAUUGCUCAUCUUAAACCUCACUAGAGGGAAGUCUUUUCAAGUUUCAAGCAAGACCAUUUACUUAAUGUGAAGUUUUGGAAAGUUAUAAAGGUGUAUGUUUUAGCCAUAUGAUUUUAAUUUUAAUUUUGCUUCUUUUAGGUUCGUUCUUAUUUAAAGCAAUAUGAUUGUGUGACUCCUUGUAGUUACACUUGUGUUUCAAUCAGAUCAGAUUGUUGUAUUUAUUCCACUAUUUUGCAUUUAAAUGAUAACAUAAAAGAUAUAAAAAAUUUAAAACUGCUAUUUUUCUUAUAGAAGAGAAAAUGGGUGUUGGUGAUUGUAUUUUAAUUAUUUAAGCGUCUCUGUUUACCUGCCUAGGAAAACAUUUUAUGGCAGUCUUAUGUGCAAAGAUCGUAAAAGGACAAAAAAUUUAAACUGCUUCUAAUAAUCCAGGAGUUGCAUUAUAGCCAGUAGUAAAAAUAAUAAUAAUAAUAAUAAAACCAUGUCUAUAGCUGUAGAUGGGCUCCACAUCUGUAAAGCAAUCAAUUGUAUAUUUUUGUGAUGUGUACCAUACUGUGUGCUCCAGCAAAUGUCCAUUUGUGUAAAUGUAUUUAUUUUAUAUUGUAUAUAUUGUUAAAUGCAAAAAGGAGAUAUGAUUCUGUAACUCCAAUCAGUUCAGAUGUGUAACUCAAAUUAUUAUGCCUUUCAGGAUGAUGGUAGAGCAAUAUUAAACAAGCUUCCACUUUUGACUGC